AGCACCAGAAUUCCCACAUGAAUGAUUUCACACCUCUACCUCAAGAAAUCGUCCCGGGAGCGGACACCCAGAACAGAAAAGUCUCACAGUUCCUUCCACUGGGAUGAUUUCCAUUCAGCAUCCAUAUGCACAGCGCAGCCUCUGAUUAACUGCUCCGUUUUUAUUUAUAUACCAAUUUAAUAUGGCAUUCCCAGACUUGUCCAGUAGUGUUUUACUCGGAUGUGUUAUUAUUUUUAGCACCGUGCUCUAUCCUGUCGACUCUUACUUCUACAACAACCGCUACUUCGGUGAUCAAGUGUUGAGAAUAAUCCCCAGCAGCAACACAGAGGUUCAAGCAGUCAAACAGCUUUUCCAAAACCUAACGGUGGACCUUUGGAAGCCCAACAGUGCAUAUAUGAUUCAAGAGAACAGCCAAGUAGACGUUCAUGUGGGACGGAACAAGACGCAAUGGCUAAGAAGACGUCUUCGCCAAGCGCACAUCCACUAUGAGGUGCUCAUUUCCAAUCUCCAAACCGAAAUUGAGAAACAGAUCGGACACCAAACCUCCAGGAAGCGCAGAUCAGAAUUCCAGUAUGACUAUGAAGUGUACCAUCCUUUGGAAGAUAUCCAGAGUUGGAUGUUUGAGAUGAACCGGACACACCCACACCUGGUGGAGCUGUUUUCUAUUGGUCAGUCCUAUGAAGGACGGCCCCUCUAUGUGCUCCAGUUAGGAAAGAGAACACGUCCCUUUAAGAAGGCAGUGUGGAUAGACUGUGGAGUGCAUGCAAGAGAAUGGAUUGGUCCAGCUUUCUGCCAAUGGUUUGUGAAAGAGAUCCAGAGUUGGAUGUUUGAGAUGAACCGGACACACCCACACCUGGUGGAGCUGUUUUCUAUUGGUCAGUCCUAUGAAGGACGGCCCCUCUAUGUGCUCCAGUUAGGAAAGAGAACACGUCCCUUUAAGAAGGCAGUGUGGAUAGACUGUGGAGUGCAUGCAAGAGAAUGGAUUGGUCCAGCUUUCUGCCAAUGGUUUGUGAAAGAGGAAUCAGCAGCUCAGAAUGCAGUGAGCGCUCUAUACUCAGCUUAUGGAGUGAGAUACAGAUACGGCCCUGCCUCCACCACACUUUAUAUGAGUUCUGGUAGCUCAAUAGACUGGGCCUACAAGAACGGGAUACCAUACGCCUUUGCCUUUGAGUUGCGUGAUACGGGCUACUUCGGCUUCCUGCUGCCAGAAGCCCUGAUUAACCCAACUUGCACAGAGACCAUGAGAGCAGUAAAGACCAUCGCUUCAGGCCUGCUGAAGAAAUGUACCAAAUGAAACCUUCUCUAUCUUCUUUUGUCUGGUCUUGUCUUCCCUCUAUCAAUUUCACACCCAUAAGCCAUAGCAAUGUCUACUAGCUAUGUACAAAUGUGCCUGCGUUUUAUAUAUAUUUUUAUGUUAGUA